ACAUUUAUCAUAUUAUUUUUUGUGAAUUUAGUUAUUUACCUGAGAAAAAUCAUAAUGUUUAUCUUCAAACGGAUCCGGGUCGGGUACGGGUACUUCCUGGACCGGCCCAAAACGACAUUAGCGUUUCACGUUUUGUUCAUCAUCAAUCCUGAUACCAAGCUUCUCGUCACCGCCAUUCACCCGUGUGUGUUACCUUUGAUUAUAAAUUUUUUAAUAAAAGUUUAUAUUCAUUUGACGUUUUGUUCUUCACCAUUGAAUCAUUAUAGCAGGUUCUCUUGAAAGAAAGUCUUGUAAUUUUUUUGUAACAAAUUACAAUUAGAGACUUUGGCUCCGUGGUUGAAUUUCUGAUAUAUUUUCACAAGCUUGAUUCUUUAGGCGUGUUGCCAACUGAGCCAUUAGGACUUCAAUUAAUUUGCAUUGUAUUGGAAAGACAAAUGGCGUUGUUGAGAAGAUAUGCUACUGCUAGUGCUAUUGCAUUGUUUGUGCUUUUGCUGUUGUUGGUUACUUGCAACCUUAACAUGGCUUCGGCCUUGUCCGGAGGCGUGAUGGGAGGGAAUUUCUUUGAUUCGGAUUCAGAGUCUUCCUCCUCAGAAUCGUACACCAGGGAUUCAGAAUCAUACAGAAUGGGACAUCAUCAUCAUCAUUAUUAUAAUGAUGAUGCCCCUUCUCCUGACACUCCGGCCGCAAAGGGAAGUCACAGUGGACUCAUGUUUUUUCUGAUUUUCGUAUUGGGUAUGUUUUUGGUUUCAUUCUAUAAAGGCAGCACUGGAAAUUCAGUUACUGUGCUCAAGCUUCAGGUUGCAAUGUUGGGUGGUGGGAUGGGAAGCACAAUACAAAGGGAUCUAACCAGGAUUGCAGAAACUGCAGAUACAUCCUCUCGGGAUGGUUUGACCUAUCUAUUGACAGACACAAUACAGAGUUUGGUUCGACAUCUUGGUAACUGUAUUGCAGGAUAUUCAUUUGUGGAUCUAAAGCGGAGUAAAGAGGAUGGGGAGAAAUACUAUAACCAACUAUCAAAUGAAGAAAGGGCCAAAUUUGAUGAAGAGACAUUAGUUAAUUUGAACAACACAGAAAAGAGAAGUACAAAAAUCCAGAGUGAUGUGUUUAGCAAUGUAUACUCAAUGUUUGAUGGAAAGGGGAUUAAAGAGGAAAGCAAAAAAUUUGAAGAAGAGAAACUUCUCAACGAGAUUGGUUCCGAGUACAUAGUGAUAACAAUCUUGGUAGCUGCUAAAGGAGCACAUAAGCUUCCUAACAUCAAUGGAACUAAAGAUUUGAAGGAGGCUUUGCAAAAGCUUAGAACCCUUCUCUCAAGCAAAUUAUUAGCUGGCAAGGUAUUAUGGACCCCACAAAAUGAGGAUGACACUCUUUCAAAACGAAAACUACUUGAAGACUACCCUCAGUUAGCAAGAAGCAUGACAAACUUUCUGGUUAAGAAACAUGAAUGAAAGAAAUGGGCAAUGUUUGGUCACGUUGUGUUAAAUUAU